ACCCGGUUUUGCGGUGACCGACCGAGUGUGCCAUGCCUCCGCGACUGUGAACCCAAGACGGAGAGUAGUGCCAUUACCUGGUGAACCAGAGCUACCUGGGAUCAUCUAAGGUGACCCGAACCUUUUGGAGAGAGAUGCACGGUAGCCCUGGACAUCAGCGGCCUGGCCACACACUAUGCUAACUGUGGUGCGGUGGGGAGGGUGGCUGGCCCCAGUGGCCCUGGUGGUCCUGACGGCUCUGACCCUGCUGACCUGCGUCCUGCGCAAGCGCCGUGCGGAGGGCAGCUACCAGCCGAGCCACGAGGAGAAGAAGCAGGCGCGCCACCAGAACCCGAACCAGCACCUGCAGCACGGGGCCGAGAGACCCGGCCUGGCACUGCCCCUGCCCAAGGAGGAGCGCCUCAUCUGACCAAUCAGUGAGAGAGGCGCGAGAGAUGGGCAAUCAGACUGACCAAUCAGAGAGCGGCGGUGGACGAUGAUUGGGGGGGUACUGACCAAUCGGGGAGCAGAGGUGUAAGAUGAGCGGAGUCGGUGGUUGAGUGGAGUUCGGAGUUAAGGUGGACUAAAUCAUCCAGCCAUCGAGUGAAGCUGAGAUGCCACGCGAGCAUUUGUGUGACUGAUGAGUUGUGAAGCUGAGGCGGUCAUGGAUCAAGUGUGAAGCAGGAAACAGGAGGCCUUGAUUGACCAAUAGCAGUGCAGAAACCAGGCGACAGAUUGGACCUCUUCUUACACCUGUGUCCUCCUUCAGCUGUUGCAAGGAGAGUUGGCACACAAACACACAUACACACACACACACACACACACACACACACAUACACAUACACACACAUACUCACACUCACACUCACACAGAAACCAGGCGACAGAUUGGACCUCUUCUUACACCUGUGUCCUCCUUCAGCUGUUGCAAGGAGAGUUGGUACACACUCACACUCACACUCACACUCACACUCACACAUACUCACACUCACACAGAAACCAGGCGACAGAUUGGACCUCUUCUUACACCUGUGUCCUCCUUCAGCUGUUGCAAGGAGAGUUGGCACACACAAACACCACUGAUUUUUGUUCAUGGCUUGGGAAUGGGGAGCAAGACACAUGUCGCACAGCAAAAUCCUUUGCUGACAAAACUUUCAUUCACAAGUGGCUCGCCAAAGAAGAGAGAGAUUUUUUUUGUACUAGAGUCACACAGUGUGUUUCUAAUGUACGUGCGAAGUCUGUGUCUGAGCUGCAAACCCAGUCACAGGGGAGAGUCACACAGUGUGUUUCUAAUGUGUACAUGUGAAAUCUGUGUCUUAAUGUAUGUCUGAAGUCUAAAUGUAUUUAUCUAAUUUAUGGGUGCGCAAUAGAAGCCAAGCCACUGGAUGUGUUGCAAUGUCUGUCUGUCUUGCCACUUAGCUUAAAUAUAUGGGGAUGGAGAAGUCAUGUGAAAUGCAACACAAAAUAAGGCAAGUUUGACUUGGGGUGGGACACAGCAGAAGGAGAAAAGUGUUUGCAUCAGGAAUAGAGGAUGAAUCUUUGUGUGUCGUGUGUGUCGUGUGUGUGUGUGUGUCGUGUGUGUGUGUGUGUGUGUGUGUGUGCGCAAAAGAAAAUGUGUGCAUAAAGGGAGGGUUUAUUUACAGCAC